UCGGCGGGGUUCGUGAGGGUUCGUGCAGGUUGGAACGGAUGAUUGACAGAUCUGCAGACGUCGACAUGACGUUGAAAUGUUGUUCGUGGCUGAAUCUUUGCUCUUGGUUUCUUUACACUUUCUGUAAAUAUUGUCUACAGCUAUAUCUAAGACCUACAUUCGUGAAUUAGAACACAAUGUUGCUACAAUGUUACAAAACGCCAGAAUUAAUGUCAUUUCAGUAGCGAGGUGUUAGACUCGGUAUAGCACACACCAUGGCAGCGGCUGCCGUAGUGAGGGACCGGCUGUACGGGACUGUCUACGGGCAGUGUAUCGGGGACGCCGUGGGGCUGCUGACCGAGUUUAUGACCAGGACUCAGGCGGCACAGGUCUACCCCCAACCCCUGGAGUACCACAUGAAGGUACCGGAUGGACACAGGGACAACUGGACAGUCGGAGACUGGACAGACGACAGCGAUCAGAUGAUCCUCAUCAUGCAAACACUCGCCAACUCUAAGGGAAAGGUGGACAAGUCCACGAUUUGCCAUUUUGCCCAGCGAUUGUACCAGUGGACGGUAGAGGGGUUUCCCGAGCUGGGUGACAAGGGCGGCUGUGUCUUGGAGCAAACAACUCAAAGGGUCCUGAAACAGAAGAAUUAUAUACAGAACCCCCAUUACGCAGCCCUGCAGGUUUGGCAGAAGAGCGGCGGGACCUCAGCGCCAAACGGAGCCGUCAUGAGGACCUCUAUCCUCGGCGUGCAGAACUACACAGACCUGCCGACUGUCGUCAGCAACACGCGAGCUUUCUGUCUCACCACGCAUGCGGAUCCGAGGUGUGUGGCGUCUUGCGUUGCCAUGACGACGGCCAUCGCGCUGAUGCUGCAGGGGUGGCGGGACGUGUCGGACAUCGCCCGGGAGAGCUUUGAGCAUGCGCAGGCGCAAUUGCCCACGGGAAGAGAUGCAAUGAGGCAAGAGCUGAUGGGGUAUAUGCAGGUGCGCGAUCUGCGCAUGCUCCAGCUGGACGAGAGAGACACGAUUGGUUACACGUACAAGGCGUUAGGAGCCGGGUUCUGGGCACUCAGGCAGCGGGGCUUCAGGGACGCCAUCGUGCAGAUCGCUAUGGAGGGAGGCAAUGCUGCCACCAACACCGCUGUGGCCGGUGCGCUGCUGGGCUGCCGGCUGGGGAUGGACAAGCUGCGGGGACCCUGGCUGUACGGACUGCGGCAUAAACACUGGCUGGACGAUCAGAUACAGACGUAUCUCCGAGCUGUCAACUUCUGCCCAAAGCCGUCAGGGGGCGCUAAGCAACAAAAACAACUGCCUGAAGUAGACCAAUGGCUGACGGACAUCAUUGACAGAGAGAGGCGGGACAAAGAUGCUGGAAAAGAACGGACUGACGGAAAGCAGCUCGGACAAGCUCAUGGAACUGAGACAGAAUCACGUGGCACAAACGGAUCUGAGUUGCCAACACCAUCUUGGCGUCCACAGAUGGUAAUAGGUCACCCCACGGAAAACCAAAAUGAUAGAGACAGCCCGCCAUCUGAUGUAGAAAGAACUUCAUUGGAAAGAGUGUCCACAACAGAAUGGGAGGGAGACGGUACAGAUUUACCGGAGAGACAGAAGGGGCCCGUCGGGCAGCAAUUACACCUAGGUCCACUUGAAAGAGACGGAACGGACGGUAGAACGGGAUCGGUUUUUAAUGGGGACCAGCGGGUACGGAACAGAAACACAGACGGCAAGCCUACCGGCCCUCGGCUGGGUCCACUGCCAGAGUACAUCGGUAGAGUACACCCUGGAAACUUCAACUUGAAAAGACCAAGUGGCGAAUUAAACUACAACAGGCCGCCACCAGCACGCACGGAAACAAGCGGGUCAUCACGGGGCAGAAGAGAUGUGCCCCUGUACAGAAAACUGACGAACAGUCCUCCACAAAACUUUGAUAUGGACGGUUCUAAAACAAUGACACCUCGCAAAGCUAUCUCCCCUCAAUACUCAGAAGAGUUAACUCCCAUAGCUGGAGAUGUCAGGACUACUGACAACCUUUCCCGCCACAGUAGACACUCCCUCCCGUCCGAUAUCACGUCGUUACUGCAGCAAAGCGAAAAGGGAGUUCACAAACUGAACUCGACUCGGAUGAAUCGUGAAGAACAUGGAAGUAGCGUUCGACGUGCUAGCUCGCUUCCUUCUGACCCAGAGUACGCUUUGGACACGGCACAGGCUGGGCGGGAAAGGUUCAAACAUUUUCACCCGAGAUUAAGUUUAAGUUUGAGUUACCCCGGACAGGGGACUGACAGAAGGAGAGCACGAUCGGAUGAUGGUUAUGUGAGGCAGGGGCGCUCUGUCUCUCCCGUACGGCAUGUGAGAUUUUCUAGUCACAGGUGACGUGGAGAGGUGCACACGUGCCUAAGCCGCAUACAUAAAUGAAAUUAGCAUUCAUUUGCAUAUUUUAGAUACAGAUGACUUGGAGAGGGGGAUGUCUGUACAUGAAGUAGAUGAUUAUAUUCAUAUACAGUAGAAGCUAACUAUUUGUAUCAAGUCUUAUUGGAUACUGUGAUUAGGGUAAUUUCAAAGAAUAACGAUAUCCGAAACCAUUUGCCAUUGUAUAAUAUUGUAUUUUGAUUGUAUAAUAACACGUAUUUCUAAAUACAAUGACUACUUAUGAUAUCAAGUGUUCAAUGUUGUGAUUGAACAUACAUUUAAGCCAAAAUAGUCUUUUCAUACCACUUACAUUGCCCUUUUUAAGUUCGACUGUAACCACACCCGAGUAGAUAAGAAACAGGUACUUCAUCGUGUUCCAUUGAUUAUAAAAACAGGUGAAGUAGGGAGAGUUUUAUCCAUCAGAAGACUUAUGGUUUAAAGAUAGAAAAUAAAAUGACACGGUUUACAUAUAGUUUCAUUACAUUAUUGGCGGAAGCUAUAUAUAUAUAUAUAAAUUGACACAACAAAAAGUAUAGCGACUGUCUACAAAAUGGACACAGUAGAAUUGAAUUUCUACUUACUAAAAAAAAUUUUUAGUUAAAAUAAGUUCUCAAACAGUUCUUUUUUCUGUACAAAGAGUGGUUUCUCAUGCGUAGAAAACCGUCAAGAACCUGUCCAUCCAACAACGACUCAUCUUAAGCAUCGUCUACAAAGCUUAUACUUUCAUAUAUAGCAUAUGAGUUCUGUGAUUACCACUUAUUAAAUCGAUCGCGACAUGUA